UCUGUCUCUGAUUCUGGUUCUGUUUCUAGUUCUGUUUCUGUUUCUGUUUCUGGUUCUGUUUGUGUUUCUAUUUCUGUUUUUGUUCUUGUUUUUUAUUCUGUUUGUGUUUCUGGUUCUGUUUCUGGUUCUGGUUCUGUUUUUCAUUCUGGCUAUGGAUGUAGUUCUGGUUCUGGUUCUGGUUUUGGUUCUGGUUCUAGAUCUGUUACUUGUUUUGUUUAUGGUUCUGGUUCUGAUUCUGUUUCUGUUUGUGGUUUUGUUUGUGUUUAUGUUUCUGUUUCUAGUUCAGUUUCUGGUUCUAUUUUUCGUUCUGGCUCUGGUUCUCGUUCUGAUUCUGGUUAUAUUUAUAUUUCUGGAUCUGGUACUGUUUCAUUUUCAGUUUCUGAUUCUGUUUCUAAUUCUGUUUCUGGUUCUCUUUCUGUUUCUGUUUCUGUUUCUGGUUCUGGUUCUGUUUGUGGUGCUGUUUAUGUUUCUGGUUCUAGUUCUGUUUCUGGUUCUGUUUAUGUUUAUAUUUCUAUUUCUGUCUUUGUUUCUGUUUCUGAUAUUGUUUCUGGUUCUGUUUAUGUUUCUGGUUCUGCUUCAUUUUCAGUUUCUGAUUCAGUUUCUAAUUCUGUUCCUGGUUCUCUUUCUGUUUCUGUUUCUGGUUCUGGUUUUGUUUGUGCAGCUGUUUAUGUUUCUGGUUCUAGUUUUGUUUCUGGUUCUAGUUCUGUUUCUG